GGAUUCAUGACAACCAAACACGCGCUUUAUCCUCAAAAUUCAGGUCACUGAAAUCACACAACGUAAUAAAACUGAAAAACCAAGCAUCCUCAUUCACAUCUCUCGGCAGAGAAAAGGGCCAAGAUCGAUGGUGAGAGACGAAGACGCAGAUGGAGCGAGCUCCCAAAUGGAGAAGCAGUGGAGGCUGUACGAGGCCUACAACGAGCUGCACGGUCUGGCGCAGGAGUUCGAGACGCCCUUCGACGCUCCGGCGGUGCUUGUGGUGGGCCACCAGACCGACGGCAAGAGCGCCCUCGUCGAAGCCCUAAUGGGCUUCCAAUUCAACCACGUCGGCGGCGGCACCAAGACCCGCCGCCCCAUCACUCUCCACAUGAAGUACGACCCUGACUGUGAAGCCCCUCUUUGCCACCUCCUCUCCGACUCUGACCCCACUGUGCCCCAAGAAAUGUCUCUCCAAGAAAUUCAGGCAUAUAUUGAAGCUGAAAACAUGAGGUUGGAACGUGAGCCUUGUCAAUUCUCUGCUAAGGAAAUAAUAAUUAGAGUAGAGUACAAAUAUUGCCCUAACCUAACCAUUAUAGACACACCAGGGCUUGUUGCUCCUGCUCCAGGUCGAAAAAAUCGAGCAUUACAGAGUCAAGCUCGUGCAGUGGAGUCCCUAGUGCGUGCUAAAAUGCAGCAUAAAGAGUUCAUAAUACUAUGCCUAGAGGAUUGUAGUGAUUGGAGUAAUGCAACUACGCGAAGGGUGGUGAUGCAGAUUGAUCCUGAGCUUUCAAGGACUGUAAUUGUCUCGACCAAGCUUGACACUAAAAUACCACAGUUUGCACGUGCUUCAGAUGUUGAAGUUUUUCUUUCACCACCUGCUUGUACCCUUGAUGGGUUCAUAUUAGGUGACUCACCCUUUUUCACAUCUGUGCCUUCUGGUAGAGUUGGUUCUGGACCUGAAUCCAUUUACAGAUCAAAUGAUGAGUUUAAACAGGCCAUUUUAUUAAGAGAGAUGGAAGACAUUGCAUCUUUAGAAGAGAAGUUGGGUCGGUUAUUGUCAGAGCAAGAAAGAAGUAGAAUAGGUGUAAGCAAACUUAGACUAUUUUUGGAAGAAUUGCUGCAGAAAAGGUAUAUGGAUAGCGUCCCAUUGAUCAUUCCACUUCUUGAAAAAGAAUACCGGGGCACAACAAGAAAGCUAAAUGACUUAAAUCGAGAACUCAGCACUUUGGAUGAAGCAAAGCUAAAGGAAAAAGGAAGAACUUUUCAUGAUCUGUUCCUGACCAAGUUGUCAUUGCUACUGAAAGGGACAGUUGUUGCGCCUCCGGAAAAAUUUGGGGAAACACUGCAGGAUGAAAGGGUUAAUGGAGGAGCAUUUGUUGGCACUGAUGGUCUUCAGUUCCCACAAAAGCUGAUACCUAAUGCGGGGAUGCGUCUUUAUGGGGGUGCACAAUAUCAUCGUGCAAUGGCUGAAUUCCGUUUUGUGGUUGGAGGAAUCAAAUGUCCUCCAAUUACAAGGGAAGAAAUUGUUAAUGCAUGUGGGGUUGAAGAUAUUCAUGAUGGAACAAACUAUUCAAGAACUGCUUGUGUGAUAGCUGUUGCAAAGGCUCGAGAUACAUUUGAACCUUUUCUUCAUCAGUUGGGCUGUCGGUUGUUGCACAUAUUGAAAAGGUUGCUUCCAAUCUCUGUCUUUCUUCUUCAGAAAGAUGGUGAAUAUCUAAGUGGCCAUGAGGUGUUUCUCCGGCGUGUUGCUUCGGCCUUCAACAAUUUUGCUGAAUCCACUGAAAGAGAAUGCCAUGAAAAAUGCAUGGAAGACUUAGUGAGCACCACCCGUUAUGUCACUUGGUCUCUCCACAAUAAGAAUCGGGCUGGACUACGUCAAUUCUUAGACUCAUUUGGUGGAACAGAACAGUCUGCGGCAAGUGGUAAUUCUAUAUCUGCUGGUCUUGCUCAGGAGUCAUCUUUUGGGUCUGUUACAAAUGACAAGCAGGACAUUAAGCCAAAGGCAGAUGUGAAACUAAGUCAUUUGGCAUCAGGCAUUGACUCAGCAACUUGUGCUCAGACAACAGAAACAAGGCUGGCUGAUCUUUUAGAUAACACCCUUUGGAAUCGAAGGCUUGCUCCUUCAUCUGAAAGGAUUGUAUAUGCUUUGGUACAACAGAUAUUCCAUGGCAUAAGAGAAUAUUUCUUGGCAUCUGCAGAACUUAAGUUCAACUGUUUUCUUCUAAUGCCAGUUGUAGACAAGUUGCCUGCACUCCUCCGGGAGGACCUUGAAUCUGCUUUUGAAGAUGAUUUAGAUAAUGUUUUUGACAUCACCAACCUGCGACACUCAUUAGGAGUGCGAAAGCGAGAUACAGAGAUUGAGCUGAAACGGAUACAGAGGCUUAAGGAGAAAUUCAGACAGAUACAUGAGCAGCUUUGUUUGCAUCAGGUUAUGUCUAAGUUGCCACCAGUUUCUGUAUCACAUUAGGGUUUCUUUUUAAUGAAUCUUUUCUUCUCAACUGAAUCCUGAUUGGUAACCAUCUGCAAGCGAUCUUGGAGAUAUCAUGAGUGACAAACAUUUCUCGGUUCCAACCAGUUUCCAUUUCUUUUAUGUUCUAUACUUUAUUUGUUAUCUCAGCAUGUUGUCCUUGUUGUUCCUUGUUACAAGUCUAUGAGGGAUAUUAUCAUAUAAUGGUCACUCUUCUAAUGAGUAAGCUUUCCUCAAACCAGUGUAUUCAAUUUAAAAAUCUUCUUUUGGGUA